AAUAUUCAAAAUGCCUGAGUCAGAGAAUUGGCCACCUUUGGAGUGGCUCGCUCGCUCGCUCGCUCUCUCUCUCUGUCUCUCUCUCUUCAAUGUCUUUCCUCUUUCCUCAACAACCCUCUUCAGUUCUCAUCAUAGUUCGACGCAGAUCAUCGCAUCUCUCUCUUCAUCUACCUCUCGCUCUCUCUCUCUCUCCACCGAAACCCUCUCUUCACUCUACCAAAACCCUAUCUGAAACCGAAAGCCUCACUCAAACCCUCUACUGAUCUGGUUCUAAGAUGUUGAUUUGGGUUCGGUGAUCUCUCUCUCAGGAUCUGGGCAUCUCUCGGGAUUUGGGUUCGAAGUUCACAAUCUGGGCAUCUCUCUCUCAAGAUGAAAGAAGAUGAAAUUGAGUGAAGAAGAUGAAGAAACUUCAAACCCCAUUAAAGGUAGAUGGAACUUACAAACAUAAUAUUGAAAAUUUGGUUCACAAAGUAUGUACACUAGCUCGGGAGACCACAGAAGAACAUGAAAAAAGUUGCUUGAGGGCAUCAAGUGUGGUUUAUGGCGGGGUUUUCACACAUUUUUUUGUUGAUUUUGAUGAGCUGGAGGCAGAUGAUUUAGUUAAGCAGCUUUCAGAACCAUUCACACCUGAAGAUGCAUUCAUGUUUGGUCCACAUUCUGUACUUGAUUUGGAUCACAUUCAGACAACUGCAAAUUUCAUAGACACUCUUCCUUUUGAUGGGGAUUUUCCAGCACAUUUCAUGGCCGAGGAUGAUGUGACGAGUGAAUCUUCUGUUGCUGACCUCUCUCAAUUCAUUCCCAAGAUGCCAGCAGUGCCUUCCAUGUGUCACAUUAUUAGUGUUGGGAAGCUUGUUGAAUCGUUGUUUUCAGGCGCUCGAGGUAGCUGAUCAAGUGGUUGUAACAUCUGUUUUAACUGACCAGGUCAUGACGCUCACAGUGGGUCAACUUCGAAUAAAUCAGAUAAGUUGACCAAGAGAAGCAGAACCAGGUGAUUUCGAACUGAUGGGUCACCCCUCAGAAGAAGCAGAACCAGCAAAAGAAGAAACAAACCUCGUCGGAGGGGAGUCUUGUAGCAAGAGAGAAGACCAACAAUCAUCAACAAGAGAGAGGGGCUUUGAUCGAACCAGAUGAGCCUUGAAUCAGACGAACUAGACCUAGACGAACCAGAUGAUCAAUGAAGCAAGAAGCUUCAAUCGACAACCAGGUCACAGAGAGAGAGAGAGAGAGAGAGAGAGAGAGAGAGAGAAGACUCACGGCCAACGACUGCAACACUCUUCAACCAACGGUGCUAGGGUUUUGCAAACAGCUUUGAUACCAUGUAAGAUUCCUGAAAACUUUUAUGUAUAUUCAAUUUUAUCAAUGAUUACAAUCAUACCUUAGAUUAUAUAGCCCUAACUCCUAAACCAAAAAUGAAAAUACAAUCACAUACCAUCACGCCUCUAAUAUGUACAAUCACAAGCAUACCUAAUUUAGAAUAUACACUAUAUUUUCACAUCAACAUCACCCCUUCCAUAUAGUGCCGUGGCCAGUCAAUGUGAAGCUCUUAGCACAUGCACAACAACGAAGAUUUCGAGUUGUUUGACAAUCCAUGAAAGUCAUUACACCAAAACAGCUGAAAAACUAUGUCCAGCGUCUUCUGCAGAUGGGUGCACAGAAAUCACGAAUGCUGGUUACCAUCAAUUAGUGCUGCUGGGAAGAGUUUUUUAGGAGCUUUUUCAUUGGUUGAAGAUGAGAUUGAUCUUGGAGUUGAAGUUGAACCUAAAGCAGUAGCAGAAUCAAGAGUUGGUGGUGUCAUCGUCAAGCAUUGGUGGUGAAUUCCAUUGAUAUUGAAUUUGCAAGUUGAAACACCUCCCUUAUCAAAGUUUUUGAAUACAACGGUAACAAACUGUAUGCAAUCAAACUUAUAACAUCAUUAUUCAAUCAGGUUUUAGUCUUUCCUCAAGUCUUCGUCGACUUUCAUCCUCAAUCCCUCAAUUCCAAAAGCAAAUAUGUUGCAGUCUUGGUAAUCAAUUCUCUUUAAUAUUAUUUUCUUCUAUCGAAACACAUAUUUUACAGACUUUCUAAAUUCCAUAAUACUUUAUAGAGAUAUUAUCGAAACACUGCCUUCAAAAAAUUCACGGCGUGCAACUGUACCACAGUCACCAACUCCAACUCCAGACAAGAUCAUCCUAAUUAGACAGUUGCCAACUUUUGUUUCAACAGUAACAAUUCAUACAAAUUAACUUUAAACUUACACUAAAGAACACCACUAAUUGAUAAUAUCAUUUUAAAAGCAACAUUUUAUUAGAUCAAGGCUUCAGUAAAUGUUCAAGACUUUCAACAGCCUUUUUUGAUAUGUGUUGCCCUUCAUGUAACAAAGGUACAAACGUUGCACCAGGUGAUCUAUUUCAGUGCAACUAUUGUGGCAACAAAGUUCAAGCAAGAUGCAAGUUCAAUGUUAAGCUGAAAGAUUCCACCGGCAAAGUAACUGCAACGAUAUUUUGAGAGCAUGCCAAGAAACUCUUCAAAGUAAAUGUUGACACUUGGAUACACAAAAUCUGAAACUGUAAAAUUCGUUGACUAUUUCUCAUUUAUUAAACUUUUUAUGUACAUCACUUAACAAUACUUUAACACAAAAAAACUAAACGAUUAUGAAUAGGUUGAUGUGGUUCCCUUGGAUGCAUUAGCCACUCUAUACACAACAGAAAAGUAAAUUGCGCAACUACAUGUAAUUUGAUAAGGGAGGUGUUUCAACUUGCAAAUUCAAUAUCAAUGAAAUUCACUAACAAUGUGAAAGGAUGACACCAC